AUGGAAACCUCGGACUAUCUUCAUCUUAUUGCCACGCUCGAAAAUCGUGCAUUCAAGGCAGAAAAAGCCUACUCCAAAGUUCUACGAGACCAUCAGACAACCAAACACCGGUUAGAACGGGUCACCCAGGAGCUGGAGCAUGCAGCAAAGCUCGUCAAAAUUAGCUACGAUCUUAGCAUUCGCCUCGGAGCUGUCGUGGAUUAUCUUGUAAAAGGCAAAACUGCAGACGAUGGGAGCUAUAGGCUGGAAAGCCAGGAUCAUGUGAACGGAUUUCACAGGUAA